AUGCCUCACGCUUCCGAGGGUUCUCAUGGACCUGCUCUCGAUGAAGAAUCCAACGAGUCGAUCGGCACACCUCCGAACGAGUAUACUUCGCUUCUCCCCAAGCCGAUAGAUGAAGAAGAUGCGAAUCAAGUAGAUCAUGUCUGGCGACGAGGGAAUUGCAAAGUGACACGGACGAAACUACUGUUGAUCGAGUUCUGGAAAUUGACGACAAGUUCGGUUCCUGUCAUACUGGCCUACACGCUGCAGAUGAGUCUACAAACCGCCACUGUUGUCAUAAUCGGACAUUCAUCUCCAAUGAAUUUGGCAGUCAGUGCCUUUUCGAUGAUGUUUGCACUUGUUACUGGCUGGAUGAUUGCACUCGGCGGAACAACUGCUCUGGAUACUCUCGCUUCGUCCACAUUCACCGGGAGCGGAAACAAACAUGAUCUUGGAAUUCUCCUCCAGCGUGCAUUCUUGGUUCUUGGCUUGCUCUACAUCCCAGUGUGCAUUCUAUGGGCAUUCUCAAAUGCAUUUUUCCAGGCUCUUGGUCAGGACCCUGAGCUCUCUUAUCAAACUUCUCGAUUCUUGACCGCUCUCAUUCCCGGCGGCCUGGGAUAUAUUUACUUCGAGACCAUGAAGAAGUUUUUGCAAGCUCAAGGGAUAAUGAGAGCCGGAACCUACGUUCUCAUGAUUACCUCACCACUAAACGCAGGCCUGUGUUAUUACCUCUGCUACACCCUUGACUUUGGACUUCUGGCGGGACCCAUCGCUACAGGAAUCUCAUACUGGAUGUCAUUCCUCCUCUUGGUGUUGUACGCUCGAUUUGUUGCCGGUUCUGAAUGCUGGGGUGGAUGGUCAUGGGCAGCCUUGGAAAACCUGGGAACCUUCACAAGACUGGCCAUUCUGGGAUUCUUCCACGUCGGCACUGAAUGGUGGGCAUUUGAGAUCGUUGCUCUGGUAGCUGGGCGACUUGGGACAAUCCCUCUUGCUACACAAAGUGUUAUCAUGACCGCUGACGGAAUUUUAAAUACAAUUCCAUUUGGGCUCGGCGUUGCAACUUCAUCUCGGCUCGGUAACCGGCUGGGUGCACGCAAUGCGAAGGGCGCAUCAGUAACCGCUCACUCCUCGGCUGCUCUGUCCGUGAUAUAUGGAGCAUUGGUCCUCACUGUUUUGAUGGGCACCCGUGAUCAUUUUGCAAAGAUCUUUAACAGUGACCCCCGAGUCGUCGAAUUGACUGCUGAGAUCAUGCCGUUUGUUGCGCUGUUCCAAAUCGCAGAUGGAUUGAAUGGAAGCUGCGGUGGAAGUCUUCGAGGGAUGGGUCGUCAGCAUCUGGGUGCUGCGGUGAACAUUGUCAGUUACUACUGCUUUGCACUGCCUUUGGGUAUAUACCUGGCCUUCCAUGGCUGGGGGCUCAAAGGGCUUUGGAUAGGCCAGUGCGUUGCGCUAUACUGCGCUGGAACCCUGGAGUGGAUUCUCGUGGCACUGACGAACUGGGAGACUCAAGUUCACAGGGCGUUCAAGAGAAUGGAUGUGAGUCAGUAG